ACCCGGCGGCUGCUGCCGAGGAUGCGAAGUUUGUGCUGGUUGCUGCUCCCCUUGGUUGUGGGAAUACAUCCAGAAUGCAAGAUAUUCCAGCAGGUGGUCAAAGAGGAAGCUCUCUGUUUAGAAAAGAAUGAAUCUGUUUCAUUUGAUCUUAAAGGAUGCUCCAGAGAUUGGGAUGGUUUAACCUGCUGGCCCAGAGCUACUUUUGGGGAAGUGGUUAAAGUUCCCUGUCCAAGAUUUUUUGAAGAAAUCACUAAUAUCCAAGGCUUUCUUCAGAGAAACUGUACACAGGAUGCAUAUUGGUCAGAACCAUUCCCACCAUACACUGUUGCCUGUGGAUUUGAUGAAGGUUCCAGUAAAGGGCCUGAGGAUCAGAAAUCAUAUUAUUCUGCAUUUUGGCGUGUCUACACUGCUGGCUAUGCAGCAUCAGUGACUUCACUCAUUACAGCUCUAAUUGUCUUUGCUGCUUUCAGAAAAUUCCACUGUACACGGAAUUACAUCCAUAUGCACCUGUUUGUCUCCUUUAUCCUGAGAGCAAUUGCUGUUUUCACCAAAGAUGCUGUUUUGUUUGCAGAUGAAACCAUGGACCACUGCCUAAUGUCAACGGUUUCUUGUAAGGCUGCUGUGGCAUUCUUCCAGUUCAGUAUUUUAGCCAAUUUCUUCUGGCUUCUUAUAGAAGGGAUAUACCUCCAAACACUGCUUUUGCUGACUUUUGUUUCGGACAAGCAGUAUGUAUGGUGGUUCAUAUUUACUGGCUGGGGAGCUCCUGCUGCUGUGAUGUUUGCUUGGGUUCUCACAAGAAUCCAUCAACAAAAUACUGGAUGUUGGGAUGAUGAUGAAAAUGGAGUGGUGUUAUGGAUCAUCAAAGGCCCCAUUCUGUUAACUGUAUUAAUUAACUUUGUUAUAUUUAUUAAUGUGAUCAGAAUUCUAGUCCAUAAAUUGAAAUCUCAAGAGGGAAGAGGGAGCCAUUCAAGCCACUUUGUGAGACUUGCUAAAUCCACAUUACUCUUAAUCCCCCUCUUUGGAGUGCACUACAUUGUAUUUGCAUUUUUCCCAGAAAGUACUGGUCUGGAAGCUCGCCUUUAUAUUGAGCUGGGCUUGGGCUCUUUUCAGGGUUUUGUUGUCGCUCUUCUAUAUUGCUUCUCAAAUGCAGAGGUUCAAAGUGAACUGAAGAAACAACUGUGCAAAUGGCAGUAUCAAGAAUACCUGAACUUCAUACACAAACACGGGACUGUGUCCAGAGAAAACAGUCCAGUCAACUAUGUCACUCAGUUAUCACUGCUUGAAAAAAUCAGUCCAAAAAGGAAAACAUCUGUGUACCAGAAUGGUGUAACUUCUGUCUGAGUUUUUCUAGCAGGAUGGGUUGCUGUGAUGUUGUAACAAACUACCUAGGAGAUGGACAGCUUGGAUCCUUUAUGGCUUUCCAUAGUGCCAAGAGCUUUCUGUGGAUUUCUUGUCCUGAAUAUGAGCUGCUUUUACCACUGGUACAGAUCAGUAUCACAACACUGGUUCUCUAUCUCUCUUUAAGAAUAUAAAAUCCACUUGUUUUGUCAUUAAAUGCUUAAGCUAAUGUGAAUCAACAAGUUAACACCCCCCCACCCCCCCCAAAAAAAAAAGUAAAUACAUUAAUUCCUUUCAGACCCAACAUGUUUGUCAUGUCUUAGUUAAUGUUGCUGGAGUUUUCAAUAGCACUAUUCCUGAUCUUCAUCUGAAACAGUUAUGUGGUGGCAAAGGUUUGCCAUACUGAUUAGUGAUGUUUUACUAGCUCUUUUGAGACCAAUUUAAUGAGACCAACUUCAGCCAAAUUAAUAGAAAUUACGUGCAGAAACUUGCUAAGGACCUACCUAUGGAUCAGCAAUCUCCUUUAAAAGGAAUCUCAAGGUGUCUCAAGAGUGACACAAAGAAAAGAAUGAGUUAUGAUAUCUGCUUGGGUUUUUUCUUUCAUGCCUGUUUAACAGAGAGAUUAAAUUAGGCCAGAGGACCCCAAGCCCUUUCUUGACCAUGGGAAAACAUAGAGUAGCUGGACAUUAGGUAGAUUUUGUGCAUACGAAGGAAGAACAUAGAGCAAAUCAAAUGCAGUAUGUCAUUUGGGCUACCUUGAGCUCAGAAUAACUUGCAGACCUAGUCUUAGUGCCUGGAUGCUGGUGUCUGUGAAUCUGGAACAGACCUUCUACCACCAUAACCUUGACGAUUGUCUGGAUCCAUCAAUUAAAUACACAAUUAAACUGUGGUUUUGUGCAUUUUUUGGGACCUCCCUUUGAGAACUAAUCUGCUGUGAUUGUUGUGAUUCUCAGUCCUGCCUAUCAUUUCUCAGGUCACUAUCACCCCACUUAAUGAUGCUUUCAGGAGUCAGAAUUAUCAACACAGCAGUGUGGUCUAGUGAAGCAAAGUAUGGUCUAGUAAAACAUAAUGAGACAAUGUUGUGCUUACAUCACUUCUUUGGGUGACCUUCCUCUUUCUUCAGGGAUGAGCUGGACUCUACCUCAGACUCUCCAAAAGUAAAGAAAGGGCAUAUAAAGCAUACUAGACACAGCUAUAGUUCCUUUCAAGAUAGGACCAUUCCCAGGAGAACCUGCAUUCAGGCUUGAAAGCACUGCUAGAGACCAUGGCCAUUGAAGUACAUGAUGGGUUUCUGUGAAGAGCAAUAUCUGUUUAGCUUUAAAAAGCAGUGCUCCAGUACCUCAUUUUGGUUUACUUUUGGUUAAUUAUUUAGGCCAGGAGAUAUUUGGCUUUGUGGAAACCUCUGUUGAUUUUAAGUGCUUUAUCUCUAGUUCCAUUAUCACAGCAGAGAUGAAUUUUCCAGAUUUUUAUAAAUAUGAUUCAGAUCAGUCCUUUAUUAAUUAGGCAUUUAACCCAUCUGUUCCAAUGAAUCAAAUGUCCUCUAAAAGCUGUCAUUUUGUCUAUUCUGACCUCCUUAACAGUUUUCCUUGUAAAAGUAAUCUUUGCUCCUGUGUUGUUUAAGUAUGCUGCCUAGCAUAG